CCUCGGUCACAUCCUGGUUAAUCACUGAUAUGUGUGAUAUUGGUGUUUAUGGCGGACAGUGAUAAAAGAGAGGCAGGUCACGGAGUUCUGCGGGGCCUCUGCGGGGCCUCUGCGGGGCCCUCCCCCCGGUGUGAGUGUACGUGCGGGCCGACAAGCUGUGAUGGCGGACAGACAGAGAGGAGUUUCCUCAUUCCUGUGAGCUCCGACAGCAGCGCGGAUAAAGCAACAAUACCCGGUGUGAUUUCACAGAGAGCGGCUGAACUGAGAGCUGAACACGGAUCUGUUUUAUCUCUGAGUCCGACACAUGAGGAUGCUGUCAGCAGAGGCGGUGGAGGCGGCAGCCGUGGGCGAGCUGAAGCAGUGCCAGCAGGCCCAGGAUCAGCUGGAGGAGGCCAUCAACGGCGUGAUGAAGGCCGAGCAGCAGCUGAGAGAAAACACCAGAGAGGUGCGUGCGGAGCUGCAGAGCUGUGUGAGUCGUCAGCAGGAGGCGCUGCGCUGCAGAGAGGUGUGUCUGCUGGGACAGAUCGAGCUGCUGGAACAACUCAAGACUGAAACUCUGCAGCAGCAGCUGCACCAGCUGCACUGGCUCAGAGGUCAGUUUGAUGUGAUCGUCCAUCAGCUGCAGAACUCCAGCAGCAGCAACGACCUGAGCAACCAGCUGACCAGCUGCUUGGAGAGGUUGUCCUCUCUGAGUCUGACUCCAGAGGAAACACCUGAGAUGAGUUUCCACGCCGACACUCGCUCUCUGAGGCAGGCCAUCACCUCAUUCGGCCGUGUCACAGCUCAGCUGGUGGAGGGUGUGUCCUCUCAGAGCACCGCCCCCCAUAGAGGUCAGGUGCAGAGCUAUCCAAUCACAGCCAAGAAACAGAAAAUGGAGGCCGGAGCUCUCGGCGAAUGGCUGCUGGGAACUCCUCCAGCAAGCAGCACUCCUACUGGUUACCAGUCCAGCAAGAACCCUCAGGAUUGGCUGAUGGCACACAAGGAGAGCAAGACUCCCUGUCCCGCCCUGGCCUCCAUGGACUUCCUGCAGGCCUGGGGUCAGCUCAGGGACCUGGAGGCAUGGCUCCUCCAGGACCAGAGCCCAGUCAGCAGGGAGCGGACCGAGAGCAGCUGCAGCUCCUCCUUUUCCAUCGAGAAGAUCGACGAAUCAGAGCUCGCCAUCUCUACUGAGGAGGAGGAGGAGGAGGAGCUGAGCGACUGGCUCAUCACCCCGCCUUCUGUUGCUAUGGAGACCAUGUCAGACGCUGAGAGGUGGCGCCGGGUGUUGAAGCCAUUCGAGGACAACUGGUCAUCCACUGAUUGGCUGGCGGGGCCCAGCCGCCCCCCCGCCGACUGCUCCUCCUGCUGCCAGACCUCCAAGGCCCUGGAGAUUGAGAACCUGGGCCAGCUCAAGUGCCUGAAGACCCCGCCCACCCCCAGCCCCGCCUCCAGUCCCACCUCCAGCCCCGUCUCCCCUGACCCCCCAGCGGCGGCAACCCUGGAGGCGUGGCUGCAGCAGGUGGUGCCAGUGCAGCAAAACUGCAAGGCCAACGAGCCGUGCUCCACCUACACCGACUGCGUCUGUGACGAGAACUGUGGGAAAGAAGCCCUGAGCCUGUGGCUGCUCCGACAGGACGGACGGGACAAGAAUGGGGUCCCUGUAGCCAAGAACGCCCCGCCCACUACCAAGAACGCCCCGCCCACCCUGCACCACAGGGAGCAGGAGCAGAAGGUUCAGGCCAUCCUGCAGGCCUGGCUCCACCCCACCAACACCUCCUCCUGCAGGACUCCUCUGCAGGCUCUCACCUCCUCCUUGUCUGGCUGGGUGGCUCCUGAGGUGGAGAAGGCCAGCAGGGAGGAGCACAGCUCCUCAUUCAAACCUUUCUCCUCCUCCUCCUCCUCACCAUCUCCCUUCCAGUGCCCUCUGGAUCCAGAACUCUGGGUGCUUCCAGGACAGACUCUGGGGUCAGGAGGUCAGCCCCGCCCACCAGCAGAGGAGGACAAAUGGCUGCUGAGGAAGAGGAGUCAGGCUCAGGAGCGUCUGGCGCUGCCGUCCGUCUGCGACCUGUUCUCCUGUAUGAAGAUGGGCGGAGACAAAGACAAGUGGCUGCACAAAGCACCUGAACAGAUGUGACGCCGCCGACAACGUCGAUGAUGAUGAUGAUGAUGAUGAUGGUGGUGGAUGCUUCUUCUUCUUUUCUCCUCUGGGAGUCACUUUAUUAUCGCUGAUCAGCGCACACGACCACAACAAUCUAACCAUCGCCGCCUUCUCUCCUGUGACAUCACUGCGCUGAGCUGCCGCCCGCCACUCUCCUCCAAUCAGGAUCAAGAACCCACCAAGGAGGGAAAACCUUGUAUCUGCUGACGUUGUUCAUGAGGAAGAUGAUCGUUGAGGGGACGUUUGUGACUCGCAGCUCAUUUAAAUUUAAAUAUUUUAACUAGCGCCUCUCAGUGGCCAAACGAUUUGACGAUUUCAGCGUCUGUAACUUUGAUUUUAUUUCUGUUUGUGGAAAACAUUGAGCUUCAGUUCAUCAUAAUGAAAAUAAUAUAUGUCCCAGAAUGCAUUUCAUCAGCUGAUCCUGACAGGAGGAGAGGGGGCGGGGUUAACAUGUGGUGGGCGGGGUUAAAGCUAGAUAUAAAGUAGCCUUUAUUUUAAUGGAACUUAUUUUAUUAAAUCUGUUUUUGUGAUUUCACUUCCUGUAACAGAAGCUCUGUUUGGGUGGAACGUUCCUUUUUUUUCCUUCUUCUCUUGUUUUCCUGUGAAACUGCUGAACCGCAGAGAUCUACUUCCUGUCCAGACUGCAGGCUGACCGCGACUCGUCCCUGCAGCCGUCUGCACACGCUCAGUAGUGUGGACGAGUGUCGGGUGCAGUACUGUGAGUGACCAGAGGAGGCGCAGCGUCACUUCUGAUAAUGUGUUUAUCAACACAUCGUUCACUUUUUAUGAAUAAUUCAUGUCAUUAUUAAUGACGAGAGGAAACCUGCAGCUGUGGAACUUUCAAAUUAAAAGCCCCUGGACUUUAAAAAACAGUAUGUUGGAGCCCUGAGCUGAGUCUUGCAGGCGUCCGUCACUGACUGCCUCUAAUCUGAGCCACUUGAUCGGUGGACUGAGCUCAGGGUGAAAAUCUACAGAAUCAGAGGUGGCGAUUUCCCAGAAUGCCUCAAGUGGAAGCAGCCUGCAGUCUGUCAGCAGACGGGUCACAUGACUCUGCGGUCAGCAGUGAUUGGUGCUUUUUAUUGAAGCGCUGUUAUGAUGUUGUUUUUUUGGGGGGGGGGGGGCUUCUGGCACAGAGCUGUGAUGUCAUCAGUACUCUCUUCCUGCUGUGAUUCUUUACAGUAAUAAAACAUGCUGACAUCAUCACUGUG